UCUGUAAAUUUUUAUAGUUAUUCGUGGCGAGACAUUUCACGAGUGUGGUCGGUGGCAUCUAUCAGAAUGAAAUCGUUUUUAUUAGGAGUUGUCAGCUUGCUGGCAAUUUAUUCUGUUAACUGUGAAGUGUUUUACGAAGAAAGGUUCCUAGAUGACUCAUGGGAAUCAAAGUGGGUGUACAGUGAACACCCUGGUAAAGAAUUCGGCAAAUUCAAGUUAACUGCUGGAAAGUUCUACAAUGACCCCGAAGAAGAUAAAGGCCUUCAAACUUCUGAGGAUGCCAGAUUCUAUGCAUUGUCCACAAAGUUUAAGCCCUUCUCAAAUGAAGGCAAGCCCUUAGUAAUCCAGUUCUCAGUAAAACAUGAGCAAGACAUUGAUUGUGGAGGUGGUUACGUGAAGGUGUUUGACUGCAAGUUGGAGUCAAAGGACAUGCAUGGUGAGACACCAUAUGAAAUCAUGUUUGGGCCUGACAUCUGCGGUCCCGGUACCAAAAAGGUGCAUGUUAUCUUCAGCUACAAGGGCAAGAACCACCUCAUCAAGAAAGACAUCCGUUGCAAGGAUGAUGUAUACACUCACUUGUACACUCUUAUUGUGAACCCUGACAACACCUAUGAAGUUCUCAUUGAUAAUGAGAAGGUGGAAUCUGGUAGCCUUGAAGAUGACUGGGACUUCUUACCUGCUAAGAAGAUCAAGGACCCAUCAGCCAAAAAGCCCGAAGACUGGGAUGAGAGAGCAACCAUUCCUGACCCAGAUGACAAAAAGCCAGAAGACUGGGAAAAGCCAGAACACAUUCCAGACCCUGAUGCCACCAAACCUGAAGAUUGGGACGAUGAAAUGGAUGGAGAAUGGGAACCACCAAUGAUUGACAACCCUGAAUACAAGGGAGUCUGGGCUCCUAAACAGAUUGACAACCCCGCAUACAAAGGUCCCUGGGUACACCCAGAAAUUGAUAACCCAGAAUACACAGCAGACCCAACUCUGUACAAGCGAGAUGAACUUUGCGCAGUCGGUCUGGACUUAUGGCAAGUCAAAUCUGGAACCAUCUUCGACAACUUCCUGUUCACUGAUGACCCAGCUGCAGCAAAGGAGAGAGGAGAAGAGAUUAAGAAGAAGAUUGAGGGAGAGAAAAAAAUGAAGAAUGAGCAGGAUGAAGCGGAGAGGGAGAAGGAAAAAUCUGAGAAGCCUGAGGAUGAAGAUGAUGAGGAUCUUGAUGAUGAAGCCGCUGAGGGAGCGCCUGUGGAGGAGCACGACGAACUGUAAGGAAAUAGUGUUGUGCAAAGACAUUAAAUACCGACGGGUAUAAGUGUGGCAGACAUGCUUUAUUCCAAUAUUUGAAGCGUGUGCAAUCUAAUAUAUAUUUUAUAACACUGUGUGAAUCCAAAAACAGGAACGUACUGAUUUUUUAUGUAUAUAAAGCUAUGUACCACACAAAUAGUAAUAAGGGUAGUGAUUUAAAUAUCUAUGGAUUUCUAAGUAUUUAACAUCCGAAUUGCAUUGAGGGCUUUAUAGUGCAUGCAUUUUAGACUAGAUGGCGCUGUGUUCAAUUAGCGCCAUUUGGAUAAUUUUAAUGGUUAGGACUACUCUAUAAUUUCCAAUUAUUGAAAUGUAGACUAAGUCGUAUUUUAUUCGAUAAUAUUGGAUAAAGUUACGGGGUAAGCCUGCUGUAUUGAUUUCGAUAGAUAUUAGAUUGUGAUAUUUGUAGUGUGUACUUAGCAAAGUCAGAUUUUGUUCGGGACACUAUGUGUCGUGCAAUGUUUGUGUCAUUGUGUAAUGUUUUGUUUCUGUUGUGAAAUGAGUCUGAUUAAAUUAAUAUAUAACA